CUCCACCUGGCUUCGAUUGUGUUCUUGAGUGUUGAAGUGAAGGUACACGCUGGAUUAGGCGAGUGUACAAUUGUGCAUCAAAACAAACAAGAAGGCAUAAUGGCCUCUUCUGACAAUGUACAGAAAGGAGGAAAGGGGAAGGUGAGGUAUUUUUUCCCUAAAGAGCCAGACAAAAAUGGGGGAGCCAAAUUCAGCUUUUCUCGACGGCCAAAUGAAAGAAUAGAGGAGCAGGCGGUCCCGAAGCACAAGCUGAAGAAAUGGCAGAAGGGAGAAAAGGCUGAGGGCUAUGCUAAGACAAAAUUCCACACUCAAAAGAUUCAAGCCCAGGAGGAAGUGUUUGAGACAGUUGCUGAGAAAUCAGCGAGGAGUGAGCUGCUGUGCACUGAGGAAGCGGGAGAAUUGGAGGGUGAGAACACAUUUCAGAUCAGUCAGCAUGAGAUCAAGGCAUCGGCUGACGAAGCUACACAACAGAAAAUAUUUGACCUGCGUUUAGAUCAAUUUGGCCCCUACAGAAUGGAUUACACACGGAAUGGAAGGCACCUCCUACUGGGCGGGGCCAAAGGUCAUGUCGCAGCCUUUGACUGGCAGAGCAAAAAACUUCACUGUGAAAUCAACGUGAUGGAGACUGUCAAUGACGUCAAAUGGCUACACCAGGAAACCAUGUUUGCCGUGGCCCAGAAAAAAUGGACCUACUGCUACGAUAACCAGGGGAUAGAACUCCACUGUCUCAAGCAUCUGGACUCUGUGUUACGCUUGGAGUUUUUGCCCUACCACUUUCUUCUGUGUUCUUCUAGUGCCAAAGGAUAUCUGUCCUACCUGGACGUGUCCAUUGGCAAGGAAAUCUCGGGGAUCGCUACCAAACAAGGUCGUCUGGACAUCAUGACGGUCAACCCUCAGUCUGCUAUUGUCCAUCUUGGUCACGCCAAUGGCACUGUGACCAUGUGGACGCCCAACAUGAAGGAGCCGGCCGGGAAAAUGCUGUGUCAUGCCAGCGUGCUCCGUGAUGUGGCUGUUGAUGCUACAGGACGGUUCAUGGCCACCACAAGCAUGGACAGACGUCUGAAGGUGUUUGACCUGCGCAUGUACCGAGAGCUGAGUCGCUACCAGUACAAUAGGAAACAGUGCCCGGGCCUGCUGGACUUCAGUCAGAAGGGUCUCCUGGCCGUCAGUCGGGAUAACGUAGUGGAGUUGUACCGAGACAUGGCCACACUGUCGGAGCGGCCGGAGAAGCCGUACCUCUACCACCGGUGCGAGAGACUCAUCACAGACGUGGCCUUCUGCCCCUACGAGGACGUGCUGGGCUUGGGCCAUAGCUGGGGUUUCUCCAGCAUUGUUGUGCCAGGUGCCGGAGAGGCCAACUAUGAUGCCCUGGAGGCUAACCCAUUCCAGUCCAAGGCUCAGAGGAAACAGACAGAAGUCCGCAUGUUGCUGGAUAAGGUCCAUCCUGAGAUGAUCACACUGGACAGUGAAAUUGGAAAAGUGGACUUACAAACAGCAAAAGAACUUCAAGAGGAGAGGAACAAGAAGAAGUACCUGAAGCCAGACAAAAUUGACUUCACGCCGCGCCACAAGAUGAAGGGAGGCAGCAAGGCAUCCAAGGUGCAGAAGCGUCUGAAGGGUGUUCAGGAGGAGAACAUGAGGGCUAAGGUCAGGGAGAUUGUUCGAGCCAAGCAGGCGGAGGGCAAGUUUGAUGCCCAGAACGCAAAGAGGAAAGGAGAGAAGGCAUCCGCUCUAGACAGAUUCAAGAAGAAGAUUGUUUAAAGUGAAAUGUUUUGGGUUGGGUUGGGUCAAGAAUUGAUAUAAAUGCAAUAAUAAACUAUUAUCAUGUCUAA